CUCCUUAGUUCUGCCAUUCUCAGUGAAUCUGCGCUUGAAGAGAGUCGGGACUUUCCUGAGUGGACGUAGAGAAGCUGCCAGAAACCAAACAAAACGAACAAUAACCAGAAUACAUAAUACGAUGGGGGAUGUGACCGCUGACUCCGUCACCCUGAGCCUGCUGAUGGAGGCCCGGGACACGGUGAGGGGGAGCCCGCUGGGGGUGGUGCACACGCCCAUGGUCUGCUGGUGUCAGACCUCCCUGCCUCCGCCCCCGGUGCCCUGCAACAUACACAUCAAACUGGAGAACAUGCAGAAGACAGGCUCCUUUAAGAUCAGAGGAGUAGCCAAUCAGUUCGCCAGGAGGCCAAAGGGAGGCCACUUUGUCACCAUGUCUGCAGGGAACUAUGGGAAGGCGUUUGCGUACGCCUCCAAGCACUACGGCUCCAAGGGCAAGGUGGUGAUGCCAGAGACCGCCCCCCUCUCCAGAUCCGCCCUCAUACAGGAAUUCGGGGUCGAAGUGGAGCGCGUCCCCACUUCCUGUCUGAUGAAAGUGGUAGACAGCUGUGUCCGGAACGAUGACAUGACCUUCCUCCACUCCUACGACGACCUCGACCUCAUCGCCGGCCACGCCAGCCUGGGCCUGGAGGUGCUGGAGGCAGUCCCGGACCCCGACGUGGUGGUGGUCUGCUGCGGGGGAGGGGGGCUCCUGGCCGGGGUGGCGGCGGCCCUCAGACUCUCAGGGUCGUCCAGGACCAGGAUCUACGGCGUGGAGCCGGAGGGGGCCUGCACCAUGUACCAGAGCUUCUUGGAGGAGAGGCCUGUUGCCAUGGAAACCAAGAGCAUCGCCUCGGGCCUGGCCCCGCCAUCUGCAGGCAGUCUCCCCUACCAGCUGUGUCGGCGCCACGUGGAUCAGAUCGUGCUGGUGAGCGACGAGGAGAUCAGGGCGGCCGUGUCGGCGCUCUACCGCUCGGGUCUGGUGGUGGAGCCGUCCGGCGCCGCCGCCUUCGCCGCCGUCCUCGCCGGGGACCGGAUCCCGGACCUGGCUGGCCGGAGCGUGGUGUGCAUCCUGAGCGGAGGCAACAUGGGGAAGGACGAGCUGGCCCGCUUCCCCGAUUGAGAGGAGAGACUCCCUCGCCAACCUCGCUUACAUCUACAUUCAGGGCAUUUAGCAGACGCUUUUAUCCAAAGCGACACACACACACACAAGUACAUUUGUCAGAAACAACAUGUCGCUGUCGGUGCAGUAAGGAUGUUCAUAGAACCAAGUGCCAAGCACUAACAAUCGUUAGGUCAACCCAUUCUCUGUAUACGACAAAGAUAGCUAGGAUAGGUUGCUACACAAUGCUAAGUACUAUUUUCAAGUGCAAGGAUGUACAACAUACUAUAAGUGCAUAAGCGGGCUG